AUGGCAUCCUGGAAGGGGCAUUAUUUUAAAUUUCUGUUUCGUUGUACUAUAUUCAAAAAUUUCGUCUUGUUUAUUGUCAAAUAUUUCUGUGGGACUUCGAAAACUGCAUGUACAUCGCAUAUAGUAAUGGCAUCUAUAUAUUCCUGUGAAUUUGAAGUGUUUGGAAAAGUGCAGGGCGUCUACUUUCGACGGCACGCCGAGAAGAAGGCCAAAACUCUUGGUCUACGUGGUUGGUGUAUGAACACGCCAGUUGGCACAGUCAAGGGUUACAUUGAGGGUCCUCGUACCGAGGUUCAGCUCAUGAAAGAGUGGCUCAAGACAACUGGCAGUCCCUCAAGUAAUAUUCAAAGAGCGGAGUUUACCCAAGAUCGAGAGAAACGAGAUUACGGUUUCAAGAACUUUCACAUACGCCCCGAUACGCCGAGGGAAAAGUCUCAGCAUCAUUUGAGAUCUAGAAAAUAACGCCAAAUUGGGCACUUAAUCUAUAAAAUCCAACAGAACACAAAACAACAAAUUAUAGUUAGAUGCCAUUGUAAAAAACUUGUGCUAACAUCCUGAAAGUACAUAAAUGUUUAUACGGAGUCCUAAAAAAAAA